UAGUAUGCAGUAUACGAUGAUUGAAAAUAUGCGUCCAGAAUACACACCAGAGACAUUCUUAGGAGUUAUCGAUAUUGGGAAGGAGAAUGUUUGGACACAACUGGAUGGCACGGUAAUCGAUAGUUCAUUCACAAACACAUUCGAUAGAAACAAUGGACAACCAAACGGAGGAAAUAAUCAGAAUUGCAUUGUAAUUGACCAGGAACCGCACAGUUACUUCAAACCUGACAAAACACAAGAUAAAUCCUGUUUUUCAGACUACAAGACAAAGGCCAUGCUGUGCUACAUUGACGCAAAAGAAUUCUGCCUCCACUGGGCUUCCACUGAAGACAGCGUCAACAGAAAUCACUGUUACUGGCUUACCACAAAACCGCGAUCCAGCACGCGAUGGAACGCCAUGGACGCCCUCUAUCGGUGUACUCUAGAAGGAGGCACACUGGCUCCCGCCAUAGACCAAGAGCAGAUGACCUUCAUCAAACAGACACUGACGUCUAUUUUUCAAUCCAACAGUGUCACAAGCACAGGGGUGUGGAUGGGGUCAAACACAAUUCGGGGAAAAGAGUGGAACUGGAACAAUGAACCAAACUUCCUGUCCACCUCAAUAGGGAGUACGACUCCAGAGAAGUGUAUGAGGCUGGACGGAAAUAGUCUGAGCAUUGGCUAUGUUAACUGCCGGCAAGAUUCAACAAAUGUACGAGGGGCUGUCUGUGUUCGAUAUGGAACAGGAAGUCCUGUGCCUUCACCAACAGAAAGCUCAGUUGCCACUACAACAGAGACAGCAGAGACAACAGUAACAACAACAACAGAAAGUACAACAAUUACUACAACAUCUGAACCCACGACAACUUCCAUGCUUCCGCUAUGUGGUCCAACAACAGAAAACACAAUCACAUCCGGGGUCUUCAAUAGUACGUCUGUAGAAACAAUCAAGAUAGCGCUCGCUUUGGAUCCCAAAAACACGACGGCCUACAAGUCAACACUAAAAUGUGCAGGAGACGACAGAGUAACCUCCCAGUACUUAGGCUACACAGGGGCAGCAGUCAUAUCCGCUAUUUGUGCAACUUUAAUUCUCAUAGACUGCGAUAGAAUGCGUCGCUCAGGUUUAUCGAGGGCACAAAGAUGA